AAGGAUUUUUAAUUAAAUAUUUCCAGUUGUCUAUAAUAAAUUUAUUGAUGACAAUCUUCCACUGAUUUCAAAUAUCACUUGACUAAGUUUGAUCCCAACUGAUGAAUGGAGGAAAAGAAUCAGACUGCAGUGCUGGAGUUUCUCUUCCUUGGCAUCACAGAUGACCUCCAUCAGAAGAUUGUCCUCUUCAUCAUGUUUUUCUUUGUUUAUCUUGUUACCCUUGGGGGUAAUGUGGGUGUAAUCACUCUCAUAUGGGAGGACCCCAGUCUGCACACUCCUAUGUACUUUUUCCUCAGCCACCUGUCCUUUGUAGAUGCGUGCUCCUCUUCUUGUGUAGCUCCCAAAAUGCUAUUUGACAUUUUUAUAGAGAACAAAGCCAUCUCUUUCAUGGGCUGUGCAGCACAGAUGUGGUUCUUUGGUCUCUUUGUGGCAACUGAGUGUCUUCUCCUGGCUGCUAUGGCAUAUGAUCGAUAUGUAGCCAUCUGUAAGCCCUUGCUGUAUACACUCAUUAUGUCCCAGCAUGACUGUGUAUUGUUGGUUAUUGGGUCAUAUGUAAUUGCUAUUAUAAGUACAAUGACCCACACAAUUUUAACCUUUUAUUUACCAUUCUGUGGUCCAUAUAUUAUCAACCACUUCUUCUGUGACAUUUCCCCAUUGUUGUCUCUAGCGUGUACAGACACUAAGAUCAACAAGUUGGUACUUUUUGUCCUGGCUGGAGCAGUAGGUGUGCUCAGUGGUCUGGUCAUUGUGGUCUCCUACGUAUGCAUCUUGCUCACAAUAUUGAAGAUUCAGACAGCCAACGGCAAACAAAAAGCUUUCUCAACCUGUUCCUCUCACUUGGCAACUGUCUCUAUUCUGUAUGGGACUCUUUUCUUCAUCUAUGUUCGACCCAAUGCCGGUUCCUCCCUGGAUAUUAAUAAAGUGAUCUCCUUAUUUUAUACUGUGGUGAUCCCCAUGUUGAAUCCCCUCAUCUACAGCUUGAGGAACAAAGAGGUGAAAGACGCAUUCAGGAGAAUACUGGAGCGGAAGCACUUUCUAUUAGGUGCCUAAGAGAAUUUUCUCUGUGUCAUACCUAGGUGUGGGA